AUGGGGUGCUCUAUCCAGAAACAGAAAUCAAAUUAGUCUCAGUUGAUUGGGGCCAAAGAAAAGUCUCUGUCAAAACUGUUAUCAAAUUAUGAUCACUCUAAACAACAGAUUCUAUACUCACCUCCAACCUGCUCUAAGCCUCCUUCUCCUUACUAAAACUCUAAAUCUUUGACCUAGUAAUAGUAGAUUAAGAUCCAAGAAGUUAUUUUUAACAAUAACAAAAACUCAAAGGUAACCACUCUGUUGAAAUGUGAUGAACGAUACAAAUUUUAACAAACUUUGAUUAGACUAAUCAAAAGAUGA